AUGCUACGCCCUUACACAACAAACCAGAAGACUUGCUUCGAUGUAGAAAGGUAUCUUUUUCUAUUUGUAGGUUGUACACUUGUUCUGCGACUUCCAUUUCGUCUAAUUGUAACAACUAAUAUUUGA